CAGAGAGCAAUUGAGAAAGGUAACGCCAGAGAAAGCUCAUUCACUUCAACCACAGCUGACGACAAAACAUGCACAGUUCAUCGCAGGCUGGACAAACACCUCUCUCUCUGUCUGCCAAUGGGAUAAUGGCCUCCAAGACGUUUAUAAAAGACACAGGUAUUCUACAUCUCCUCCUAGUAGGACUACUUCUGCCAUCAGUAUUAGUGUCAGGCGUCGGUGCUCAGAGCACACUGUCCUCCACUUCUUCUGCUGCUGACUCCCUAUCCACCACAGCAGCCUCCACUACCACAACCGCAGCCACAGUAACCACCACCACCACUGCCCAGCCCCCGACAUCCAUCACUUCUGCAACCACUACCGCAUCCGGAACCCAAGGAGCCUCUACGACACAGCCCCCAACCACCACCACCACAACCACCGGAAGCACAACAACCACGGCUGCCAUGCAGUCUGCAACCACCACCAUGUCUGCCACACAGUCUGCAAGCACUACCACUGGAAACACAGCAACCAUGCCUACCAUGCAAUCUGCAACCCCCACCACCAUUUCUGCCAUGCAGUCUGCAUCCACUACCACUGGAAACACAGCAACCACUCAACCCUCUUCUUCCACCACCGCCUCUGGGGUCACAACAACCUCAGUAAACACUCAACCCCCUAUGACGACCACCACCAGCACAGGUACCACAACCAGCACCCAAUUUGUCACCUCCAACAACCUUGGAAGUACUUUAAUGAUCACCACCUCUGGAGGUUCAGCAUCCACCAACACUCAGUCCUCUACAACCACAACCACCUUAGGAAGCUCAACAUCCACUAACACCCAGUCACCGACAGGCACUUCUGGUGCUUCACCAUCCACCAACAUCCAAACCCAAGCAACUUCCUCUGGAGGCAUAGCAUCCACCAUCACCCAGUCGCCAACCACCACCUCCGGAGGUUCAGCAUCCACCAACACUCAGUCCCCUACAACCACAACCACUCUAGGAAGCUCAGCAUCCACGAACACCCAGUCACCUACUGCCACUUCUGGAGCUUCACCAUCUACCAACAUCCAAACGCAAACAACCUCCUCUGGAGCAUCCACCAUCACCCAAUCCCCAACCACCACCUCCGGAGGCUCAACAUCCACCAACACUCAGUCCCCUACAACCACAACCACCCUAGGAAGCUCAACAUCCACUAACACCCAGUCACCCACAGCCACUUCUGAAGCUUCAACAUCCACCAACAUCCAAACCCAAACAACCUCCUCUGGAGGCAUAGCAUCCACCAUCACCCAAUCCCCAGCCACCACCUCCGGAGGCUCAGCAUCCACCAACACUCAGUCCCCUACAACCACAUCUGCCUUAGGAAGCUCAGCAUCCACGAACACCCAGUCACCUACUGCCACUUCUGAAGCUUCAACAUCCACCAACAUGCAAACUCAAACAACCUCCUCUGGAGGCAUAACAUCCACCAUCACCCAGUCCCCAACCACCACCUCCGGAGGUUCAGCAUCCACCAACACUCAGUCCCCUACAACCACAACCACCUUAGGAAACUCAGCCUCCACAAACACCCAUUCACCUACUGCCACUUCUGAAGCUUCAACAUCCACCAACAUCCAAACCCAAACAACCUCCUCUGGAGGCAUAGCAUCCAUCAUCACCCAAUCCCCAACCACCACCUCCGGAGGGUCAUCAAUCACCACACAGUCUGGCCCCAGCACAACAACAUCUUCUAUCACCACUUCUAAUUCAAUCAGUACUACUAAUCCAGGAACCAACUUUGCCUCCUCUACAGUUAGUUCAACAGCCACAACCCAGUCAAGCACUACAAUGACAGGCUCAACUUGGACCACCUCAUCUUCCGCCAUGUCUUCAGGCUCUGCUUCCAUGACUUCAGUCAUGUCCACCAGUCAGUCAGUCAAUUCCACUGGUGGCAUAUCUGUAACGAAUGGAACCAAUAUGUCAAAUGUUACUUCAAUGAACAUGAUAUACUGCCGUUCAUUCAUCUGUAAUUACUCUGACUGCUACUCAAUGUACACCAGUCAGAAUGCCACUUUAUGCUCUCCUGGUGACUAUUGUCAGCUGUUAAAGCAGGUGGACAUGUGCUACACUGUUGGCUGCAGCGCCUCUUGUGCUGAAAGCUGCGUCAACACCUCUCAGACCAACUGCUCUGUGAACUGCUGUAAUUUUACUGGCUGCCUCAAUGACAGUUUUGCAUCCAUGAUGAUAACAACUACAGUCGCAACCACAACAACACAAACAACCACACCAGUCCCUACAACUACCACCAGUCCACCAACAACUGCAAACAAUGGAAACAAAUGCCAUAAUGGUACCUGUGCUGGCGAAGAAUGCUACAAGAAUUUUAAAAACGCAGCACUCCAAACAUGCUCUGCCUCGCAGCCGCAUUGUCAGCUGAAAAAGGAAACCAUAGAUUCCACCCAAAAGUGGAAAGCAGGUUGCACCAACUGCACUGGCUACACCGCAUGCAAGGCGUCUACAAAACCUCCGUGUAACCUGGAGUGCUGCAACGCCACCAUGACGUCCUGCCUAUGGUUGAAUGGCACGCGGAAUGUUCCCUCUUCCGCCACAAGAGGACCUUAUUUUCACACAGAGUUGAUUGCUUCCUUACUUUGCCUGCUUGCAAUCAGUAUGAUGCUGUGAGUGAUGCAAGUAUGGCCUGUUCAGCUAUCAGUCAUUAGGUAACCACAGCUUUGUGCAGCUCCCAGUCCCUUCAUUAAAAAAAAAAAAAACACUUAGCAGUGCAGAGGUUAAUGCUACUUCAUUUCCACUCAAGCAUCUCGCUGAUAUGUGAUUGUUUAAAGUGCGUAUGGAAAUCUGAAGAGCAUCAGAUGUAAAGUUGGUUUCUUGUUUUCUUAAACUUCCCAGUUACAUUUAUUUCUGGUUCAAGACCAAUGAAAAAUGGCUUUGAACAGUAUUUUAAAAUGGACAUCUAUAUAUAAAUAUCACUUUAAGGAAUACAGAAAAUCAUGCCAGCAGCAACUCGGUCCUCAUGUCAUUUCAAAUUUACUUCAAACUUCCUUUAUAACUAAUACAUUGAUCUAUAAAAAUAAAAUUACAGUUACAUUUUAAGAAAUAACUCUAAAUCGUGAAAUACCCUCUAGUUUGUUUUAGCAAUGACCUUGCCCAUUUAUUGUAAAGAAAGCCAAAAAUGGUUUGUUUUUUUGUUGUUGUUUUUAUAGUUUUUUUAAAAUCUGUGUUGCCCACUUUAAACUGACUUUCAGCUGAUCUUAAUUGUAGGUGGGUGAGUGAGCUUAAACACGGCAUUUCUGUUGGGUAUAAAUAUUUUAUCAUGUCACUGUGAGAGUAAUGCAGCUAUACCUCUAUAUGCACUUUAUAAAAGAUAAAUACUAAGAUGAUACAGGGAGUUUUAAAGGUUCUUGUUUUUUUAAGCAUUUCUGUAGAUGUGACCUUAAUGAAACGUGCAAUUAAGUACUUUUCACUUCUUUUCGUCCAAUACUUUUGUGACUAGUGAGUUGGAUGUCUAUACUAUGUGGUUUACAAAAUAUAUUUUAUGGUAUAAUGGUGUCGAGUAAAUUUGAAAUGAAAAUCAAAAAAUUGUGUCAAUUUAUUCUAGUUUUGUGUGCUGUACAAAAUAAGAUGUUUGCGCCUUAAAAUAAAUAAAUCUAAUCUA